AUGAAAGUUCUCUACUUGUUUUGCUCCUAUUUUCUCCUUCCAUGUGUGGCGGAAGUUGAGUUCCUAUUAGCAGUUUGGCGGCACGGAGAUCGAGCACCCGAGAACCUACCAUAUCCCAGCGACCCUUACAAUGAGACAUACUGGCCCCGUGGUUGGAACCAACUGACAAAUGUUGGCAUCGAUCAAGCAACGAAACUUGGGAACUUUUUACGAAGACGGUAUCGAAGUUCGGUUCUUCCUGCGUUUGACAGAAAAAAGAUAACAAUCCGUGCUUCUGAUGCGGAUCGUGCGAUUGAGACAGCCCAGUGUGUGGCCACCGCCCUAUUUCCGCCUGAUGGUUUGCAAAUGUGGAACGAGGGAAAAUAUAAAUUCUGGCAACCAAUACCAAUACGUACUAAUGGGAAACCAGAUCCUAUGCUUCGUCCUAGUAAAAUUCAAUGUCCAUACUAUCAAAAAAUAGUUGCCGACGAGAGAAAGAAAAUUGAAGCAGAUAUUAACGAGAAAUAUAAAGCUGAACUGGAAAUGAUCUCAAACAGAACUGGUCAUGUAACUCGUUACGGCAACAUCAAAGAUGUUUACAAUAUUAUUCUCGAGCAUUACAACGGAUUACCGUUUCCAACAUGGGCUGAGGAAAAACUUAAUGGUAGGAGCUUAUUGGAUACUAUCACUGAAAUAAGAAGAAUUGCCAGACUACAACUUUUUAACAGCAGAGAAAAAGCAAAGUACAUGGCUGGGUAUAUGAUCAACAGUUGGUCUGAAAGUUUGGUAUUGGCAUCUCAACACCUCAAUCCAAAGAAAGCAUUGUUGUAUUCUUCGCAUGAUGGAACGUUGACUGCUUUAUUGUAUGGACUCGGUAUCAGCAAUCACCAGUUGAUUCCAUACACUGCAUGCAUAAUGAUUGAGUUGCACACCGGAAACAACGUGAAGAUAUAUUUCCGAAACACGACGUCUGAAGAUCCAGAUGAUGUGCACGAGCUUUUUGUGCCGGGAUGCUCGACGGAUUGUCAUCUCUCCAAAUUCAUCAAAUCGGUGACUGGUGUCCGAGUCAAAAGUCUUGAACAUUUGGAAGACAUAUGCCAAUCAGCCUUCGCCCGUCCAUCAACCUUGAUUUUUGUCAUCAUCGUCGUCAUGCUUCUGAUUCUGUGA